AUGUUUGACACCUGGCGAAGGUCUCGGGAAGGCGCUAUUUCCGUUGAGGCUCCAUUUAAACAAUAUGCUCGGACAACGCAAUGGGGCGCAGCACUGCAUUUGCUCCGCGGAGGAAUUCGAUCAGGUGUGAAAGUUCCCCCAGGUCAAUACAUUGCGAUUGCCAACGCAUGUAGAAAAGCCGGGCAAUGGCAACGGGCAGUGUCGCUGCUCAAUGAGAUGUGGGAGUCGAAGACGGAGCCCAACAUUAUCAGCUACAGCGCUGGAAUAAGCGCAUACGAGAAGGGCAGACAGUGGAAGCAGGCUUUGGCCCUGCUCAGAGGCAUGCGGGAGGCGAAGGUGCAGCCCGACAUCAUCAGCUACAGCGCUGGGAUCAGCGCGUGCGAGAAGGCCAAGCGGUGGGAGCAGGCUCUGUUGCUGCUAAACGAGAUGUGGAUGACGAGUCUGGAACCGAACGUUAUCAGCUACAGCGCCGUGGUCAGCUCGUGCGGGAAGGGCGAGCAGUGGCAGUGGGCUCUGGUGCUGCUGAGCGCGAUGUGGGAGGCGACGCUGGAACCAGAUUCAGCUACAGCGCUGGGACCAGCGCGUGUGAGAAGGGCGGGCAGUGGCAACAGGCCUUGGCGCUACUCAGCGAGAUGUGGGAGGCGAAGCUGCAACCCGACGGCUUCAUCUAUAAUGCUGGGAUAA